UUUUUUCUGUUAUUUAUUGUUUCUCUCUGCCUGUUUGCUCUGGUCAUGCUUUACUUUUGAAUGGGCAAGCCUGCCUGUGUAGAAACUGUGCUAGGAUCAGUGUUCUGGGAGUUGAUUAAUGUCAUAUCACAUGUAUAGCUUAGAUUGCCAUAAUCCAUAAGACCUGACACCAGUUCUUGACACACUUCUGUGAUUUCUGGUCCUUUGCCAGUGCUGACAUCAGCAGGAGUAUCAUAAUCUGUACCAUGAAAUGCUACAUCUUCAAAGUGUUGAGGCACAGUGCAUUUACAACAAAUGCAGACAGUCUACUACAUUUUUUUCUACUGGCAAAAAUGUAGGAGCAUGUUGCAUAUUGUACUUCCUGUAUGUAUUUGUGUCCUUAGGUGGUGGAGCCAGCUCAUGAAAGUUGAUGUAUAUGUUUGUUUGUGGACUAUUGUUUUGGCUCAUGUGCAAGAUCAUUCGUGGUAGAAGUCUGUAUCUAUUCUGGAUCUUCUUGGCAGUCCCUUUAUCAUCAGUUUUGAGUGUUUCAAGAUUGGAAAACCACACUGCAUCACUAAACUCUGAGUGUUUGUUAAACUGUUGGGUGUUUACUUUCACCUUACCACCUAAAGCCAAAUCAAAUCAGACUUUAUGGUCUGUCGAGGAGAUCCAAGACAGAAAUUUUUUUUUGCUCACAAGGGCAGGCAUACAUUCUCAUACAGACAUUUAACACACAGUCAGGAGUAAAGAUACAUUAUCAUGGUAGUUUGGAUCUCCGUCAAAUGGUCAAUGAAAUUUCAAUACCAGAAUUUCAAUCCUAGAAGGAAAAUCUGAAAUCAUUAGCUCGUUAUUGCAGUCGGACAAACCGCUUCUACAGUAAAUGGGAAGAGAAUAAAAAUGUUGUGUUUAACACACUGCGAGUCUGCGAAUUUCUUUUUAUGCGAAACUUGUGACAACAGAUGGAAGGAAGUGUGGGGGCCGUAACCCGAGCUCCCGCAUUUCAGGGAAACUAUCGUCAACUGUCAGUAAGAUUGGAAAUACCCGCAACAAUAGAUGGCCAUACAAAGUGGGCCUACGCUUGCUUGCUUUCUUGAUUUUUUGGUCUCCAUUUUGUGCCCGCUACUCACAGUCGUUAGUUGAAGCAUGUCCAUACAUAUCUCAGUCUAAUCAUAGACACUAAAGGUUUUAGGUAUGCAGAGAAAGGUCGUUGCUAAAUUUAGAACGACGCUAUGGAGUGCAGGGGAAAUGGAAGGAUAGGAAAUUCCCGAUAUUACACCUCGUUGGUUGUCACUGACGUCCGUUAAAUUUGAAUGUGUUCUUUGUUGCUUUUUUUGGAUCUGAUCUUAGUUUGUGUUAGACUAUUCAGUACUGUAUAAACGUUGUCAGAUAUCGCUUGUCUGCUCUCGAGGAAGGAUGCGUAGGGUUAUCAGACGGCAAUAAUUGAUGAGAAUGGUGAAAGGUGUGACCUCUUCCUUUGAUCCAAGCAGUCAAGGGCCUCUUGUCCCUUCAGUUAUCCAUUUGGACUCAAAUAACCUGGAUAACAGUAGUGUUAGUACCAAGGAAAGUCCACUUCAGAUACAAGCAAAGAUGAAUCCUGAUGAUCUUCCAGACCUCGCCCCUCCUGACGAUUCCACUGAGGAGGAUGAGGAAGAAGAGGAGGUGUUAGAAGAGAAUGGUGACUGUGAUAAUGAUGACAACGAUGAUGAUGAGGAUGAUUACUUUCAGGAAGAGCAUUUGAGGUAUGUACAGCACUGGGUAAGUCAAAGCCCAGAGUUUCUUCAGGGAGAGUCAAAAGAAAUCCGCACAGAAGCCUUGGGGCUUUUUCUGCUAGGUACUGGAGCUUUUACUUCUACUAUAUGGAUUAAAGCACUCCAUCACACCCACGUGCUUAAUGAUGGCAGAGAAUGGUCAACCGGUAGCAUGACGGAUGAAGAAUUUGAGAUUGUAGACAUUUUGGUUGCCAUUAUAGAGAAGAAUCUUGGUAUACUGAAGGAUGAAACCAAGCUGAAGCAGGUUUUGGCCAUGAUUAAUGAAAUGGAAAGUAGCUGCGUUUGUUCUUCUGUGAUUGAAGUUGACCGAGUCCUUGAAGUAGCCAAACACUGGCCUUUCUUCCUUGAUGCAUGGGAGGAGUUCAAGGAAAAGCCAAAAACGAUCAAGUACACACGUCAGACAUUGAUGCUUCUCAUCUACUUUUUCAGACUUGUCUCUCAAAACGUUUUUAUGCUGGGGAGGGACGGAAGAACUCUUGCAAUUAAACUAACACCUCUCGGACAGCAAGAUCAGCAGGCCUAUGAACUGAAAAGCAGUGGGGAUGGAGCAUUUAAUGAAAGAGAAUAUGACCGUGCUGUCCAUUUUUAUACCCAGGCUCUUGUCCUCAAUUUCGCACUCUGCUAUCUGUAUCGGCAAAGAGGUCAAGCAUACUUUUUUCUCCAAAAAUUCAGAGAAGCCUACUGUGAUUUCAGGAGGGCCAUGUUCCUUGAUGGGACAUUUCAGGAGGAUUACUACCACUUGUCAGCUGCCUGCUUCGCUCUGCAGCGGCUGGAAGAGGCUGAAAAGUGGAAUGCAAAGGGACUGAAGCUGGAUGGUAAUGUUAGGGCAACAAGGAUGAUGGAGCAGCAACAGAGUAUUAAAAAAGCGCUGGAUGAAAAAAUUAGCCCCUACAAGUAUAACCUGCUGACCAAGGAGGCAUUGGAAUGUGUCCUGAAAAACGACAUGCAUACUGCUCACAAGAAGUAUCAAGGAGCCUUGAGUAUUGUACUUAAUAGCACUUAUAUGAUGGGUAAACUUGACAAAACUGAGGUUACUACCCUUAGAUAUGCUUGUGGGAUCACUACAGUUUCUGAGGAUUCACCUGCAAGGCUGCAAGAUGCACUGGAUAUAUUUAUCAGCAUGUAUAAAGAAGAACUUGCAAACAGCUUUCCCCUGAUCUACUAUGGCCUUGGCAGCGUGUUGGUUGCACAAAGGAGGUUUCAAGAGGCAGCCAGGCACCUGGAGCUAGGGCUGAAUCUAUCUCGCAAGAUGCGGAAAAAGUGGAAGUUGAUUUGCUGGCCCAACACCAAUCAGAUCAUUGAGGAAAGCCGAGUAGAAAGUUUUCAGAAGGCUAUAGAAAAUCUGCUCAAAAAGUGCCGGCCAGCUCCUGUGGCAGGAAUCAGUAACAGUGAUCAUAAAGAAGAUUCUAAAAUCCAAAAGUUCCAAACAUUAACAAAAGAAGCCAUGGAGGCACUGCAUCAUGAUAACCAUCUUCGUGCAUUUGGCAAAUUUCAGGCAUCAUAUGAACUUCUGACCAGACAUCAAUCUCUGAAGGACAGGAUGAGUGAGAUAGGAAUUCUUGCUUUGCGUUAUGCAUGUGGGAUAACUGCCGCCACUCAAAAUGCUUUGAAGCCUCUUCAGGAAGGCCUGGAGAUUUUUCUAGCCAUAAACAGGGAAGGUCUGGCUGACACUUUCCCUCUCACAUACUAUGGACUGGGCAAGAAUUUGAUUGCACUGUACAGGUUUGGGGAAGCCUUAAGGUAUGUUGACCAUGGUGUCAAUCUUCCAAAAAAGAUUAGGAAAAACCUGCAGCCCAUUUGCUGGCCUAGUUCCAAAAAAAUUAUCGAGGAGAGCAAGCCAGCAGUGUUUCAGCAACAGAUGGAAGGCAUGCUGAAAGUGUGUCGAUACCCUCCUAUACCAGAUGCUGUCUGUGCUGUGCACAUUAGUGAAGAUGACAAAGAACCACCAAUUUAUUUUAACGAUCCCUCGUUCUCUGGUGUCAUACGGGUGGAGUGCUACUUUCAUUGUAAGAUUGCUUUCCACCCCAGCUGCUGGGUGCACUUCAAAAGCAGGAAUAUGGACAAGUCGGCAGACAAAGAUGUUAUAAAUCACACAUGUCCAACUCCUGAUUGUGGAUCUUUGGUGAAAUCGAUCCUGAUUUGCCGGCCAGGAGCGAAAAACAGAGAGCUCGUCUCUUCUACAAAGCCGCAGAGGGUUCCUGCACCACCGCCCAAGAUCCUUAAGAUGCCAAAAAGUAACCAGGAAAAAAUUGACAGAAAGGCAGAGCGCAAGGAGAGGCGUCGGAGAAAACGCCAAGAAGUCAGGAGUGUUUACCUGGACAGAGAGAUGAUGGAGAUUAAAGAUGAUGGUUCAGCAUUAUUUGAAAAACAGGAAAUUAGGACCAUACCCAACCCAGCGGCGAUGACCUUGUUGAAAAAGGAGGAUGAAAAUGACAUUAAGUAUCAGGGUAUCCAGAGGCAGGUGAAGCAGAAAAAGAAGAAGGAAAAGGUGAAGCAGCUGCUUAAUGUGGAGGUCAACUUCACAGACAAGGACAAGAGCACACUGUUAGGGGAACACUCACUAAGGGAUGAGACUGAAGCUGCCUGGAUGACAGAUGUGGGGAAUCAAGAGUCACUCAAACAUAUGAUGCCUGGAGCCAUUCUAGGUGGGAGUGUAGCCAUGGGCAGGGCCAGCUAUUCUAUUAAAACUGAAGAGGCUAUCAGCGAAAACCUUUACGAGUUUUUUGGUGAGAUCCUAAAAGCACAUGGACCACUCAGUCUCAACGAUCCUAUUCUUCGUAGGGAGCUCAGCCUUCUGCCCCCUGAAGCCAUCCGUGUCAUCCAGAAAGCUGGUGGCCCUUCCAGAUUUUUCCGCCAGUGCCUAAAAUUUGUUGUUAUUGACGAAAUCGUGGCCACCAUUGCUGACACGCGGCAGGCACACGAGCUAGCAAAAGGACUACACCCUAGUGCAAUGCUGUCCACCACGUUUAGAGGUUUAAUGCCUAGCAAUGGAAACUUAGCUCAGGCUGAAGGAAGGGGUGGAAUUGCUGUGGUGAAUGGUGUUGUGCCAAGUGCACUGCAAUCCAGAUUUGAUAUAGACGUUGCACAACCAAGCAAUGGGAUCAUAAUGCAAACUAAAAAAGAUGUAUUUAAUGGAACAGACUGGAAUGUGUGUGAUGUGUCUCAUACUCUUGUGAACUCUGCCCAGCCUUUGCCACUAAAACCAUUGAGUAAAGGCAGUGUAUAUGGAUUAGGAACAACAUACAACAGUGUUUCCAAUAGUACUGUUGGUGACGAUGAUGAUGACAAUGAUGAUGAUGAUGAGAGUGUAGAACAGUCUGUUUGUUCCGGUAAAAGUGAAGGUCCAUCGCGUAUUAGGUCUCUCAGUGGUUCUUUAAAUCCUUCUGCCCCAGAAUUUAGGCCAGGCAAGAAAAAAGUAGACACUGUUGCAGGAAGUGCCAUAACUGAAUUUAAUAGUAAACAUAAUGUUUUUAAGUAUAGUGAAACUGCCUCACAGGAAUAUAGGGGCUCAGGUGCACGUCCUAAGGUUAGUGAUUUAUUUCCAUCUCAUAAAAGUUCUUUCUUACCUGAUACAAAUCCUACGACAGACUUUAGUAAUAUAAAUGAUGUUGAUGACUUUACCUUGCCGAUCUCCAAAGAUUUGAAAGAUGAUAUAGACAGUCUAGACGAUGCUUGUUUAAUGCCCAUAACACAUCCAGGCAGGUUGGGAAAUUUUAGAGGAUCUUCCCAAACAGUUCCUGAGCAGAGUGGUCUUGGGUUGAGUCGCCGAAGUUCCCGAUCGGAUAUGUCAGAAACAAGUGACCUUUCCAUGGGCAAUUUUUUCCGGACAUCCUCCCCCAGUUCUUCUAUUUCAUCAUUUAGAGGAGUUGAUGCAUAUAGCUCAUCUUCUCCUCGUACUUCCCAAGACCUGCCUUCAGCUUUCCCUACUCAGGCAGUGGUGCCCCACAAGUUAGCUUCCUCCAGAAUAAUACCUUUACAGGAGCAGGUGCUACCACAAGAAUCCGUCAAGACCUCUUCUUCCAUUUCAAACUGGCCUACAAAGGUGUGGAGUUGCGAUUUUCUUGGUGAGCUGUCGGAGAAAGUUGGUCUUGGAGAGUCAGCAUCCACCCCACCUCCUCCACAUCCCUAUAUUGCUGGGGGGUUGUUUUCUACAGAGGAGCACAAACCAACAAAACCAGGAAGUGAUGAUGCAGAUGAUAAAGAGAUUUCUAUGGAUAGACAUGUUGUUGGCUCAGGAAACGCUUUUGCAGCACCUGGAUCUGUGUUAUACAGACCUGGUCCUAUCAGCAGUGUAAACCCGACUUCAUAUACUUAUGAAAACAAAGACAGCAAAGCCAAUGACUGGUUUUUCCAAACUGGUUCAACAUGGGCACCGCCAAAUCCAUCAAACAAAGCUGAAUCGCCAGUUUCUAUUUCACCUGCGUGGCCUGCAUCCAUCCCUGUAUCAUCAUCAUCUGUGUUGCCAUUUUCACUAGAUUCUGUGAUAAAUUCAUGUUCAUCAGCGUUUGGUUUUUCUUCAACGUCAGCCUGGUCUUCAAAUACCUUCCCAUCAGCUAUACGUCCAGAGGAAGAUCUCUUUGACAGCAUAAAACCUGCAUCACUCACUUUGUUAACUGAGUCAAGGGGAUCUGCGUCGCUAGUGUCCAACAGCACCCUCAUCUCACAGGUGGAAAACAACAAAAAGUGGGAGAUGGAUGAUGAUGACAAGAAGUGGGAGAUAGAUGAUGAUGACAAGAAGUGGGAGAUGGAUGAUGACAAGAAGUGGGAGAUAGAUGAUGAUGACAAGAAGUGGGAGAUGGAUGAGGAUAGAGAAUGGGAUGCACUUCCUGCCAGCAGCUUGUUGAACAAGGACAUCCAAGCGUGCGUUGAGGUGCAGGCAGCAGAGAUGAACACUGAAGUGGUUGGUGCUGAUGCUCUGCCCAGCAGUUUAUUCCUCCUGGAUGAGAACCGUCGCCUUAAGUGCCAGGUGCAGGAGCUCUUGGAUGACAAGAAGAAACUCCUGGUGACUCUGGAACAUUACAAAGAAAUAAACCGACUUAACAGCAGUCAGUUAGAUGUCCUUCAGCAGGAUAAAAGUGAGACCCAAAAGCAAAGCCAAGUUACUUUUCAAAACCUCUCAGCAGAACACGAACGAAGGGAAAAACAUAUGCAGGAUAUAAUCAGUCAUCUAGAAUUGAAUAGAUUACAAAUGGCAAGGGAUGCAGACCUGUUAAAGCAGAAGCUAAGUGGUAUGGAAGAAGAGAUGCAUGGUGAAAGGUCAAGAGCCCUGGAAGCAGAGAUUGAGGUGGUGAGGCUGCGGCAACAGCUGGCUUUGAUGCAAUUGGAGCUUAAGAGGAAGGAGGCAGAAUUCCAUCAACACUACACCAGCAUGUUUGCCAGGAGGUGUCAAGAAAAAGGAGAGGUUCCAGAGAAGGUCAGUGAGGUACUAGAGUACUGGAAGAAUGUACUAAGCGCCUUCGCUCUCAGACAAGCCAAAAUCAAGAAAGACUUUGAUGAGGUGAUAAACUAUGUCAAAGCAGGAAAACGUUUAUCAGACCUGCCCCCUGUUUCCAUUAGCCCACCUCCACUACCUAGAAUGCCAGAAGGUGGGAUUCCUGUGGCAAAACAGAUGCCAUCCAAUGGCCAGCUGCCAUAUAUGCCCCAGCGCUUGGAACAAAACCAGUUUAGACCAUCACCAACUCCUUCCCCUCCUAAUUCCACACACUCAGCAGAUGCAGACAUAGGAGCCAGUGCUACACAGGGGAUCAGCAACCCUCAAGUCCCUCAAGUCCUGCCAGGCUUGAGAACCCCCCGACCCUUGGUUCCACCCAAGGGACUUCCUUCUCUGCCACUAACCACUGCAAGACCGGCCGUUCCACAGCCAGCCAUACCUGUGGUCACUCAAGCCAGUUUUGCAGCUGCAGCUGUAAGACCAAUCCUUCGUCCAACUCUUAGUUUUCCCAAACCCCCAUCUCCUCUCACCGUGGUACCUUCCACUCAGCAACCCCCACAGCCCAACCAAAGUAUGGCAGCAGCCAUUAGAGCAAAGAUUGGACCAGCAGGAGAUGCUGCAAGAGAAGGGGUGGCCAGAAUUGUCAGCUCUGGACAGACUGGAAAAACCACGAGCUUUGACAAGGUGGUUAUGAAGCUGCAAAAAAGCUUCCCCUCUUGUACCAGAGAAAACUUUUCCCAGCUCAUUCAGGAGCUAAGAAGAGCACAUGGUGGGUCCCUGUCUGGAAUGUCACUAGAAGUCAUCUUGACUAGGGUGACGCAGAUGGCUAUUGCUCGUGGCUUCAAGCAUAUUGGUAAUGGGGAGCCCACAAAGAAGAAUUCUUCUGCAGGCAUUGAAUACAAGACCACAAUAGCCGCUUUACAGAGAACACAGGGAGUUAACCCUGUCUGGAAUAUGGACGGGGCUGAGCCGGUCCGACGUCCACUUGACUGGAGUGAGCUGGGAGCAGGGGAUAAUUUUGAAGAGGAAGAUCCUUGUGCCAUUUGCCAUGAAGAACUGUCUUCUGCACCAAUCACAACGCUUGACUGCCGGCAUCAAUUUCAUGAUGAGUGCAUACGAAAGUGGUUUAAAGAACAGACAACUUGUCCAAAUUGCAGAGUUCACUCUCUCCUCCAGGAUGACUAUCCUGUGCUGAAGUGAUAUACCUAGAAGUUUUUCAACUGGUUCAUGGUGCUACUGUGCAUAUUUUCAUCAGUUGAAUUUUGUUUGGGGGAAAUUUACAGUGUUUUUCUAGAUACAGAAUGCCAAUAAGUUAAUAAGCUGAAGUGAUUUUCACUGACUAGAGGAAUUUUUUUACAUCGCUUAACUCAGGGAUUUACUGUCUCCAUGAGGGCAAGAUAUUGAUAGCUGAUUUGUUUUUCUAGUUUAAGAGUAUUGUUACUGACACAUCUGUAACUGGUGACACAGCUGUAGGUUCAUAACAGCUGCUGUGAUUCUUUAAUCACAUAACUUUUGCUGAGUACAGCUUAUGGAAGCGAACUAUUGAAAAACAGACUCAACAAAAAGGGAAGUGCUGUCCCUUUAUAAGGGGUUCAACUGACUGAAUUUUCUUGCCAGUCUUUAAUUGAUUUCCAGAUGAUAGGCCUACUAGAAGAAAAGCAAAUUGACUUGAUACCCAGUCAUAUCAUGAAGAGAGCAUGCUUAGGUUUGAGUCGGGACAAAACAGGUAACAGAAAAUGUCUUCAUUUGCUAUUUGCUAGUUGAUCAAAUGGAGCGAGAAGAUGUUCCUUGUGGAUGGUGAUGCAGUUGCCGUCUGCCUCUUAUUUGGCUGCAUGUGAUAGUCCUGAAAGACAGUGCUAGCCCUUGGUCUAUAGUGUAAAAAUGCAGUGUAUACAAUAUGUAAGAGACAGUAUUUACUGAUCUGUGAAUAUUCAUUGGAGAUAUAACUUAUUAAAGUACCAUAACUGAAUUCAUCUAUUUUUAUUCGGAUAAAUCAACUUCUGUGACAGACUGCACAAUGAUCCUUCACUUCUUUGGCCAAUAGACUGGUUGUAGUGAUAUUGAAUUCAUUUAUCGUCAUAGUGGAUCCUGUGAAUCAUGACCAUACAUGGAGAUUCUCAUCACUAGUAUCACUUGAAUAGUUGCCUUUUUUUUUUUGAAACUGCUGACUUUUCCAUUGAGGAAAUCAGUGGCGGAAGGAUAUGAUGUCUCACAACCAUCGGUCGUUUGACUUAUUGGUGUAGGUGUUUACUACCUUGUUGGCACUCUUCUGUGUUUUUAAUGUGAUGUGCUUUUAGAUUUGUUAAGGAUAAACGAAAUUGAUGUAUAUUACAUCCUGUCACAUCUCAUGUGAUCAUUUCAUCUGUGCAGAUAAGGUCUGCCUGUUACGAUAAAGACCUGCUUUGUUUUCGGCUUAUAUGCCAUAUAUUCCUGCACUGAAGGACAAUUCAUUAUCGCAGUGUAAUUAGACAUGGACAUUUCUUAUAAACUGUCUGACUGCUGAUAUGACUGUCAAAAAGAACUUCAUACGAGUUCAAAUUCCAGACAGCCUGACUCAUAAUGUCAAUCAAAGUGUAAAAUUUCAUGAAAUAUUGUGUUGCACAACGCACUGUUUCUAAAAUUGUAUUAAAAAACUUACAAAAUUU